AUGCGGCCUCGUAUGCCCAAGCUUAUUACUGCAGAUGCCUAUGGGACAUUGUAUGCCCCAAGGUUCUCAAUACCAAAGCAAUACAAUGAUGUUACAGCGAGAUUUGGAGUGGUGAUUCCAGAAAAUUUGCUGGAAAGAAAGUGGCUCAACAGCUAUCACACGGUGAAGAAGAUGUACCCCAACUAUGGGAAAGCAGCCGGUUUGACGGUGGAUGAGUUUUGGCGAAAGGUGCUUGUUCGAAUAUACGGCAAGUGCCAGGAACACCCGGAAAUGAUAGGGAUGAUCAUCGACAAAUUGGGCAAGAAAGAAUCCUACAAGGUAUUCCGGGAUUUCGUUAGUCUGGCCGAGUGGGCAGUAUGGGAAAAGGAGAUUCCGUUUUGCGUGGCUUCGAACGCAGACUCGGGAGUUACACAUUUGGUAAUUAAAGAGUUUGGCAUGGAAACAUUUCUUGAUUCCCAAGAUAUAUAUUUAAGCUACGACUUGGAGCUCUGGAAGCCCAACCCUGAAUUCUUCAACCGUAUAAUAGAUGAUCAGCUGGCCAGAUUGAGGGGCAUCCGGUCAACCGAUCCCAACUAUCUGGAAGAGAGGCGAAAGCUGUUACAAUCAUCUUGGCAUGUGGGUGAUGAGUAUGAAAAUGAUGUCCAAUGUGCAAUGGCUGCAGGAAUGGGGGCUAUCCUGGUUGAUCGCUCAAUUACGAAUCCAGAACUUGCCAUACAGAAGCGUGGGGAGAGGUUUUAUGUUGUCAGCUCAUUGGACAGGGUCCGCCAGAUAUUCGAGAAGUGA